AACCAGCCGCCUAGCGUAAUGGCGGCAGCCGUGUCCAACUCUUUUUCCAGCGGCGUCCAGGCGGCGGUGAGGCUGCCGUCGUCACCGCCGGUCAAGGUGUUGGCAGAGCAGCUGCGGCGCAACACGGAAGGCAGCCCGGGCGUGUGGCGGCUGUCACGGGCGGCGGCCGGCCGCGGGCCGCUGGAGCUGACGGUUGUAUGGAUGCAGGGCACGGUGGUAGCUGCGGGCGGCGGCGAGGCGCGGCUGCGUGACCCAAGCGGGGCCUUCUCGGUUUGCGGCCUGGAGCGGGUGCCGCGCGGCCGGCCCUGCCUCGCCCCAGGAAAAUAUGUGAUGGUAAUGGGAGUGAUUCAGGCCUGCGUUCCUGAGCCAUGCCUACAGGCUGUGAAGAUGACAGACCUUUCUGAUAAUCCUGUCCAUGAAAGCAUGUGGGCACUGGAAGUAGAAGAUUUACACAGGAAUGUUCCUUAGGAGAUGUUGGAGGUGUCAUUAAAAACAACUGCAAUUCUGAAAAGACUUAGGUUCUUAUACCAUGUGGAUUUCAUGGACAUUGUUCAAUAUGUAUGUCUCAAAAAUCUCUCAGAGAGCUGUGCUUUGGCUCACCAAGGAGUCCAGAUGUAGGAUUUCUAAAUGCUGGGAAACACACUCCGGCUCACUCAGCCCCUGCUGCCCCUGUGCUCUGACGGCUGUUUGCUGAUGAAAAGCAGAUGUCGUGUUCAUUCUCUCUCUCUGCUUUGGUUUAUGUGUGUUAAUUCUCUCUAAAGCACAUAGAAAUCUCACGUUGCAUUUUUCAAGUUUUACUAGUGAUGAUACUUUUUCUGUCACCGCUGCAACCCUAUUUUAUGUUGCAGACUUGGGAUCUCAGUCUUUGCCCGUGGUGAUUAAAGCGAAUCUUAGUCAGGUGUGGUUAUGGAUGGGCAGGAAAAUAGACUGUGUGAAAGAAGAAGGACAUCAUGGGCCCGUGUCUUCUCCAUCAACAACUUCCACAUCCAGUUUGCAAGUAAAAUGGUUCAGCAGCCUCUCCAAGACAUAGCUCUCUUCUGAACACCACUCAGCCUUACUGUCCACUUCCCUUAGAUGUGGAUGAUGGUAGGAGAUGCUGAAAUGCUUUCAAGAUUUCUUGUUGAAACUAAAGGUUGAUUGAGAACAACUCUCAGGCAACUGCUAACUUCUGCCUCUUAACUUUUGAUGAGACACUGCAUGGGAGCAUCCUCCUGGUUCUUACACUUUUGGUACGGAAUGACCUUUUGUUGUGAUUGUAUUGAACACUGGGUUUCUGCUCUCUGCUUCUAACCCAGCCCUCUUUUCUUCUUAGAUUGUAAAUGUCAAAGGAGCCAGGUUUUGUUCCACCAUUGCUGUAGAGUUUUGCUACAUUAUUAAUCAUCUACCACUAAUAAAUUGUUUUAUAUGCUGUAUGUUUUUAAA